GGUAGACUCUGUCUGAAAUUAAUGAAACCUCCGUGCAAAUCUCGUCAAGACAUCAAAAUAACCAGCCAACCUCAAGCAUUCUGCAAGGUGCAUGUCGUAUGAAAGCUGUUCCAUAUUGUCUACAUGCACUCAGCAACAGAAUGGAUGAUUUAGUGGAAAUCUCUCCUCGAACCCCUCAAGCACCCGAUCCAGAUCUGGACAUUGAUACCAGUCUGGUUCAACUUGACCUCGACGAUCAAGAAACGACCAACGCCUCCACCACUGAACAAGUUGGCGUCAUCCAGCCAGCAUCAGAAGUAUAUCAAGUGGGAAAGGUGACCACUCUUGGCACCUCAAAGGACGACCAAAGUAAUUUUAUUCUUUCAGAACUUAACAGACAGCGAGCAGAGAGUAAAUUUGUGGAUUUCUCUCUUGAAUGUAAUGGCGUUAUAUUUCUGUGUCAUAGAUGCGUCCUUGCAGCCAGUAGUCCCUAUUUUGACAGAGUGAUCUCCAAAUGCAAAGUUAGUGACAAUCGGGUUUGCCUGGACAAUCUGAAGCCUGAUGCUCUUCAGAGAGUUGUUAAUUUUGUGUAUACGUCAAGGCUCGACCUCGGAGAGGAAACGGCACCUAGUGUUUUAAGAGCGGCGUGCAUGCUGGAAUACCCAACUAUCAUUAAACUGUGCUCCAGCUUUCUCCAGAAAGCAAUAUCCCCGAGGAACUGUCUAGGGUUCUCCCAUCUCGCCUUGGAAUGCAGAUGCGUCGACUUCCAUCAGUCCGCUUGGGGGAUUGCCCUCGAAUCCCCAACUGACGUUUACGCCCAGGAUGAGUUCUUGGAGAUAUCCGUCGACCAACUUGUUGAGUAUAUAUCAUGCGACGAUUUGAAUGUAACAGUUGAAGACAUAGUUUAUGAGGCCGUUAUGAGAUGGGUAAGACACGAUGAGAUUAACCGAGCAUCGGAUCUACCUAGGAUCUUACAGCAUCUUAGAUUACCUCUCCUCAGUGAUAGACUCUUCUCAAGCAGUCUUGAAUCCAACCCUCUCCUUAUCAACAGUGAUAAGUGUCGACAGCUUGUGAAGGAGGCUAGAAAUCUACGAGACUCGGCACUGAAAGGGAAAGAGAUGCACAAUGACUCACUUAAGCCACGUCCGUCACUGAUGAGUGACUUGUUGGUCGUAGUGGGAGGAAUGGAGACUAGCAGGCACUGGGUGAAGGAUGUCGUUUACUACGACCCUCGCUUUGACGCGUGGGAGACACUGACUAGUCUUCCAUUCCAGCAAACUGACUACAGCGUCACUACACUAGACGACAAUAUUUACAUCAGUGGCGGUUUUAAAGAGGGUGAUGCAACGUCCGAGGUUUGGUGCUACAGGACGGCACAGGAUAAAUGGCUCCAACUCCCAAACCUCAAACUUCCGAGGUUCAACCACACAUCCAUCGGUCUAGAUGGAGCAGUGUUCGUAGUUGGCGGGGAAACAGACGAGGCUGGGGUCACCGAGAUUGAAAGGUAUGAUCCCCUGAAGAACGUAUGGGAAAUCAUUGGUGAAGCCAACCCCACGGAGAGUAACCUGACUGUGGCUGGUCUAAAUCACAAACUGUACAUAAUUGGCUGGUUGGUGCAUACUAGAUUAAUGUGUGCUGUCCAAUGCUUUGACCUCGAAACCAAACAAUGCAUGAUACAGCCUUGCUCGGGGCUCAACAGGCAACUUUUUCCCGUCGUCGCCUUCCAAGAUGCCAUCUACAUUCUCGGAGGAAGCAGAAUCAAAGAGGUUGCGAUUUACGAUCCAGACACUUACCAGUCCGCCAAAGCGGAACCGAUGCGGUAUAAACGCAACACGCCGAGCGUUGCUGUUGUCGGGCGUCGUCUUUAUGUCACGGGUGGGGAGCUGAGACACCAUCUGGACAAGGUGGAGGUUUUUGAUGCAGUCGCUAAUUCAUGGAGCAUGGUAUCUUCCAUGCCAAAAGGUCUAUGCUUCCAUGGGUGUGUAGGUGUGAGGAAGUAUUUAGGACCGCCCUACAAUGAACCAGAGGAACCAAAGGCCAGCCAAGAUGCUGUGGGUACUCCAAGAACUCCAGGAAGAGGGGAAACAGAUAUCAUCGUGGUGUCUCAAGAGUAGCCGUAAAUUGCUAUUGUUCAAGUGUUUUUACAUAAUUAGUUUCUUCAGUUUGAACUCAUUGGCAAAGUCUUUUUUUUUUAAGCAUUCUCAAAUGGUUAAUACUUGCAUCUUUCAAUUGCUGGUUCGGAGUUGUGUGGGAGGGCUAUACAAACACCUGGUUGCUGAGGUAAGUAGUGAGUUCAUUUUCACAACAGGGCGGUGGAAAAGACUCUCAUGCCAAGUCCGAAUUACUACAGCUUCGGCUACAGCUAGAUUUCUGUGUUGUCUUGCAGUGAAGUAUAGAACCUCCUUAGUAACAAAUGUAGCUGUAGCUUUAGUGGACAAAUCAAAUACGGCCCGAGACACCCAGUGUCUCUGGCUAAUUUCACGGCCCUUUUCAAAACCAUAGCGUCAGGUUAGGCUCCAUCAUUAGUUUUAAAAAAGGACACUUUUGGCAUGGGACUUGUAACAGGCCGAAAGUGCCUAACCUACCUACAACUGUAGGGAUAUAUAGUGGUUGGUUUCACCAACAGUUUUUUUCUUCUUUCUGGAUUGGCGUUAUUAACCUCACAAACAAACCCCAAAUAAAGAGGACCAUUUCCUUAGCCAGUUGAUGUUUAACAUCAGUAUCAUAAUUUCAGAGUUGUUAAAUUAACAUCGGGGAAAAAGAAAAAAUUUCAAAUUCCUUUGACCCUUUAUUUGGUGAAAUAUUGUUCAAAGUAAACCAAAUUUUUUUUUUUUUUUUACCCUGAUGUGUGUAAUAGCACUGUAUACUCUUCGAGCGGUACCCGCUGCUAAAAUAUAGGAAUCGAACUGCCUCUAGCUAUCGGGCAAUCGCUGUGAUCUAGUUGGUAAGACACUCCUCUAGAAUUGCGAAAAAGAACUUGGGUUUGAAUCCCACCUGAGUAAUAUGCCUGUGAUUUUGUUCGCAGAACCUACUAGAAGGUAUCGAGUUUACUUUGCUAACACACAUCAGCGUUAGGAUAAACAAAAUUGAAAUGAAUAUUCAGUAACAAAUUGUAAACACUACACAAAUCAUUCAAUUUAGCUUUGGAACUAUUUUUUUUAUUCACUUUUUAAAUAAUGUACUGAUUAGUACAUCGUUUAUACAUAAAUGUAAAUAUUGGGGUUUUUCCAAGAUGUGAUACAUAUUUGUUCUGAUUUAUAAAAAAAAUUAAAAAAAUUUUAAUUUUAUUUCUCAAAACAUUGUGUGUGAAACUAAUGUCGGAAUAAAUUUCCUGUGAAUUGUUUCAUCUGAAAUGUUGCAAGAUUAAAAAACUAAAAAAAAUGCUAAAAUGAUGCAGUAUGCAUUUUUUAUAUAACUUGACCAACAUGUAUGAUUUGAGCCAUAUUUCAAGUCCAACAUUUUUAUCAAAUGUUGGCAAAUUUUCAAGUUUGAAUUUUAAGCUGUAAAAUGAUGCAGUAGGCUCUUCUGAUGCCAGUUUAUUUGAACUUGACCUCAGUUUUAAGCUGUACUAAAUAGGCCACAAAUUGAAAAAAAUCAUAAGGGAUAGUAAGUCUAGCAUUUUUAUCAAUUUUUGGCAAUUUGUUUUGUUUAAAUUUUAAGCUCUAAAAUGAUGCAGUAGGCUCUACUGAUGCCAGUUUAUUUGAACUUGACCUCAGUUUAAAGCUUUAUUUUGGGAACUAAUGAUACUUAAAAAAUAGGCAAAAAAUUUGAAAAAAAUCAUAAGGGGUAAGUCCAGCAUUUUUAUCAAAUUUGGCAAUUUUUUUUGUUUAAAUUUUAAGCUCUAAAAUGAUGCAGUAGGCUCUACUGAUGCCAGUUUAUUUGAACUUGACCUCAGUUUAAAGCUGUGUUUUGGGAACUAAUGAUACUUAAAAAAUAGGCCAAAAAUUUGAAAAAAACCAUAAGGGGUAAGUCCAGCAUUUUUAUCAAAUUUGGCAAUUUUUUAAGUUAAAAUCUUAGUCUCCAAAAUGAUGCAGUAUGCUCUACUGAUGCCAGUUUAUAUAAAUUUGACCUAAGUUUUAAGCUGUAUUUUGGGGAAUAUUGAUACUUGAAAAAUAGGCCAACAAAUUGAAAAAAUCAUAAGGGGUAAGUCCUGCAUUUUUGGCAAAUUUUGGCAAAUUUUUAAGUUUCAGUUUUAUGUUUUGAAAUGAUGCGGUAGACUCUACUGUUGCCUUUUUAUAUAACUUGACCUAAGAUGUAAGCUGUAUUUUGGGAAAUAUUGAUAGUUGAAAAAUAUGCCAAAAAAUAGAAAAAAAUCAUAAGGGGAAAGUCCAGCAUUUUUGGCAAAUUUUUGCGAAUUUUUUAGUGUAAAUUUUAGUCUCUAAAAUGAUGCAGUAGGCUCUAAUGAUGCCAGUUUAUAUAACUUGACCUCAGUUUUAAGCUGUUUUGGGGGGAAAUAAUGAUACUUGAAAAAUAGGCCAAAAAUUGAAGAAAAAAAACAUAAUCA